AGCUGAUCGUCGAGUUCCAGUCUCAGGUCGCGCAGCUGCAGGGUUUUGUAUUUUUUUUUCUGCUUUUGAGACACAGUCGCUGAAGAACAUGUCCGAACUCCAGAGCUUCCAGUUCGGGAAGUCUCGUUUCAACCAGAACACCUUGUUUGGUCGCUUCAGACACUUCCUGGAUGUGAUUGACCCCAGCACCCUGUUUGUGACGGAGAGACGACUCCAGGAGUGUGUGGCGCUGCUCGAUCGUUUCAAACAAGGAACUCUGCCGCCCGGAGUCACUGACGCUCAGCUUUGGAAAGCUCAGAAAGUAAAGCAGGCCAUCAUCCACCCUGACACCGGGGAGAAGAUCCUCAUGCCCUUUCGGAUGUCGGGUUACAUUCCAUUCGGCACCCCAGUGGUUGUUGGUCUCCUUCUCCCAAAUCAAACAUUGGCAUCAACUAUCUUCUGGCAGUCGUUAAACCAGAGUCACAACGCCUGCGUUAACUUCUGCAACCGCAACGCCUCCAAGCCGGCUCCAGCAUCCAGGUUCGUCCUGGGCUUCCUGGGAGCUGUGACCAGCGCCGUCUCCAUCGCUGUCGGGUUGAACUUGUUACUCCAGAAAGCAAAUGGCUUCAGCCCAACAAGCAGGCUGCUGGUGCAGAGGUUCAUCCCCUUCCCAGCAGUGGCGAGUGCAAACGUCUGCAACGUGCUGCUCAUGAGGCACUCGGAGCUGUCGGAGGGCAUCAGCGUGCUCGACGACCACGGGAACCUGGUGGGAACAUCCCGAGUCGCUGCCAGGCAUGCCCUUAUGGAGACGGCCCUGACCCGAGUGGUGCUGCCCAUGCCCAUCCUGCUGCUCCCUCCACUGAUCAUGUCAAUGCUGGAAAAGCUUCCUGUCCUGCAGAGGCAGCGGCGGCUCGUCCUGCCCGUCCACAGCCUGGUGUGUCUCGCCGCCUUCGGCCUGGCGCUUCCGCUCGCCAUCAGCCUCUUCCCGCAGAUGUCCCAGAUCAGCGUGAAUCGGUUAGAGCCGGAGAUCGCCAUGGCAACAGAUGGUCUGAUGGUGACAUACAAUAAAGGCCUGUGAGUGAUCUCUGCAGCCCGACACAUCGCCACGGGACCCGCCGCUGCUCUGCAUUGGAGGAUUUUAACAAACACGUUUCCACGGGAGCAGCAGUUCAUUCCAUGUAAUUUACAGCAAGAUAGUGUUUGUUAAUCGAGAAGUAACGUGAUGACAAAUAGUGAUUUUGAAAGUCAUGACACCUCAGAAAGUUCUAACAUGGACACUUGCCAAAGAAAAUAAUAGAAGUGAGGCUCUGAACAUGUUUAUGGACAAUUUUAAUUGUAUAUAAACAGUGUGAAUGAAAUAAGGGUAAAUGACCUGAAUGUAUUUUUGUGAACUCUUUAGAUUUCAAGGCUUCUUAUCUGUUUUUUGGCUCCGGACCUGUUAAGGUGAAGAAACUCGGUCUCCUUGUGACCUCACACGUGUCGGACUACAUGUAACAUGUCAGAGAAGGAUUUCACCUCUCAGAUUAUUUCGCAGGAAACAUUUUGAGACGCCUGAACGAGGUAAAACCGUUGCACCAGGAAGAAGUAAACUUAAAGCAAAGUCAGGAAUAGAAACUUAACUUCCAGGACUGUUCCUGAAUCAAAUGCUGGAAAACUGUUUUAAUGGUCUGACUUUUUUUAAUCAAAUAUUGAUUAAUAUACUGUUCUAUGAUUAAAAAAAAAGUGUAUACAGCAAAUUGUGAACGUAGGAUCUGUAUUAAAUCCUCUAAUUAUAAUGUGACUUUUUUUAAGUGACUUUUUAUCCCAGUAUUUGCUUUAGCUUCUUCUAACUGAAAUCACGUGGUUCUGUUGCUCUUGUGCAGUAAAAUGUGUUAAAGUGCACUUACACACACAUUUUUAUUUCCAUAAUUAUGAUGAUAAAUUGUUUUUAUAUGCCGCUUUUUAAGGAACUCAAAGACACUUUAUUGAAAUAACGACUAAAGACACUUAAGAUUAAAACAUAUUAUUAUAUUACAGUUCUGAAGAGGUCAGUACUUUGCACUUUGAAUACUCUGCACACAAAUGCAUCAUGAGGAUGUAAAGUCAAAAAGAAGAUUUGCUUAAGAAAUGUUGUUUGAAAUCCUUGUGUUGCUUCUCUGCCUUUUGUGUGUCUAUACUUUUUUCUACAUAAACCUUCUUGUCCUGGAGUAUCUGU